UCCUCCUCCUCCUCGUUCUACCUCUCUUUCUUCCUCCUCCUCCGUCGUCUUCUUGCUUUCCGAUUUCGUUCAUCCUCAUCGUCAUCGCCAUCCCCUCCCUCUCUCUCGAAUGGAGAAAUCGCAAAGUAGUCGGUCCACCGCAAGUUCAAACGCCUCGGCAGAGCAGAAGCUGUGCCGGACUCCGGAAUCCUCGAUGGCAGAAUCCAUGUCCAUGGAAUGGACAGAUGAGAAGCACAGCCUCUACCUCAAAUCCAUUGAAGCUUCCUUUGUAAACCAGCUGUACAAUUCCCUUGAUUUACGCAACUGUCACUCGCAAAACGAGCAAUCCUCCGGGAAAAUGCCUAAACCCAUCAGUUCCCCUUCUGGUCAGUUCAAAGUUCUUCGAGAUGGCUUCUGGCAAGAGAUCAAUUUCACGAGGCCUGGCUUUCAGCAACAUAAAGAUGAUGAGUCUCGCUACGUUCUUUCUAGUCCAUGGAUAAAGCACUUUAAAUCCGCACCUAAGCUCCCGGAAUGUGAAGCAGUGAGCAUGAAAGACAAGGGGAAAAUCUCAUGUGCAUCAGCUGCCAACUUAGAGCAGCCUUCUCAAUGUUGGUCUCAUCGUAAAGUUGGUGGAAUCAAUAGCAGUGCUGAUUUAGAGGUUUCUGAUCAGAACUUUAUCAACGAUGAUGAGGAAGGAGACAAUGCCGGCAAGAGCAGCAUGGAUGGUGCCAAGAGGAUGAAAACUCGGGAAGGCGGAACUCCAAGCACUGAUCAGGUCGUUCCGUUCGGUAUGCCCCCUUUGAAUGACGAUGUUACGAAGACCUGCGCAUCCUUGGGUGGAUAAGAGUACUUGGACCUCAGAACGGCUAUUAAAAGAUUCGGGCAGGUUUCUCUGUACAGACUAACAGGGACAAAUGAUUCAAGAUUAGAUUGCUCGUUGGUUUGCCUGAUAAAGUGAACGAGAGCUUGGUGCUUCCUAAUUCAUGCGGCAGCUUGAAAGGAGAAACUAAUGAAAGAACGAAUGCAACUUUCUUCGAGGAAUAACGCUUCAGUUUUGUCGACAUCGAAAGUAUCGCCAAAAAAUUAUGACUUGCUCUAGUGUUUUGUCAUCAUCAAGGUUAAAAGAAACGAGUCUGGAGAGAUUCCUGUGAGUGAUGAAGAUUAUUGUUUUGCCGCUGUUGUCAAGAUUAUAAACCCUAUUCUUAAUCUUGUGCUUCUCUCUUUAUAUGCUGAUUCAAUCAAGUUGUGUGAUCCAA